GAUGGCGACGCGGGGCGGCCGGCCGCCGGAGCCCGGUUGUGGGGAGUGCGCUUGCGCGCCGGGGCCUGGAGUGCAGUGAAAUUCCGGGAGGGCGGGGGGAGGUGGCGAGUGAGCGGCAGACACGGAGCGACGGGCUUAAGCCCCGGUUAGGGACCCUGUGUGCUACGGCGGCGCCCGACGCGGAGCCAGACCCCGGGGGGGCCAGGAGCGGGCGGCGUGAGGGGGACUCGCCGCCGCCGGCCAGUUCGUUCGCCGCCGCAGCCUCGCCGCCGCUCGGACUCCCUCCCCGGGCAGAGAGGGGGAGAAUGACGGAGCUCCAGUCCGCCCUGCUACUGCGGAGGCAACUAGCAGAGCUCAACAAAAAUCCAGUGGAAGGUUUUUCAGCAGGUUUAAUAGACGACAAUGAUCUUUACCGAUGGGAAGUCCUCAUUAUUGGUCCUCCAGAUACAUUGUAUGAAGGUGGCGUCUUCAAGGCUCAUCUCACUUUUCCAAAAGACUAUCCUCUCAGGCCGCCGAAAAUGAAGUUCAUCACAGAAAUCUGGCAUCCAAAUGUUGACAAGAACGGUGAUGUCUGCAUUUCCAUUCUUCAUGAGCCUGGAGAAGACAAAUAUGGCUAUGAAAAACCUGAGGAACGCUGGCUUCCCAUCCACACAGUGGAAACUAUAAUGAUUAGUGUCAUUUCUAUGCUGGCAGAUCCCAAUGGUGACUCUCCUGCUAAUGUUGAUGCAGCGAAAGAAUGGAGAGAAGACAGAAACGGAGAAUUCAAAAGGAAAGUUGCCCGCUGUGUAAGAAAAAGCCAAGAGACUGCUUUUGAGUGACACUUAUUCAGCAGCUAGUAGCUUCACUUUUUUUCAGGGUCUCCAGUUGAGAAACAUGGCACUGUUUUUUCCUGCACUCUACCCACCUAUUGCUGGACUUCUGUUGUAACAUGUUGGCAAACACUGGCUGGAACUGGGCUGCAAUAAAACAUGCCAGUUAUCAAUGCUGACAAGCCUAACAAGUGCCAACAUAAAAAGAUGAUUACGCAUUUUGAAAUCUAAUGAACUGCUUUAACCUUCAGGAAGAAUUGUAAAGAUGUGUACAUAGCACAACAUGAUCCGGAUAAUAUAUAUACUGUUCAUGUACAUCCACAAAUACACAUUGUACCAAAUAAUGCUGUCUUGUAGUUAGGAUAAGAAUCGUGUACAUUCUAAAAGAUUUUAGCAAAUUCUUUCCCUAUUCAUUGUUUUUUCUUAUCAGUUUUUUAAAAACAAAACCUCUUGAAGCAUGUCAAACUAAAACCGAUUAGAAUUAAAGCUUUUUCCAUUUUAUUUUUCUUUGAACAAUUGAGGCUUAAUUAAAAAUUUUCACUUAUUAAAGAUUAGUAUCUGUUUGGAAAAAACACUCCCUCCUUACCCUAUAUCUCUUCAAAGGUUCAGAUUUUUCCUAAUCAAACACUGAAAGGAUCUAUAAGCAAGUAUCUGACUCUAAUGACUUUUGACAACGAAAAAGUCAUUUUCCUGCUCUCUUCUUCUCCUCCCCCCCCCCCUUUUUUUUUUUUUUGGACUCCGUUGCACACAGUUCCUGGAUUGGGUGUAGCAAUAAAACUUCUGGCUAUGGAGCACCCUUGAGCCUGCUAUUUUUUCAAAGGGCUGAGAGCUUUGGUUUUGAAAGUGAUCAGUUGACUAAGCUCAAGAUAGGAUAAGCUGCUUUCUCUGGUUUUUUGCCUCUUGCCUUUGUUUUUAAGUUUUGGAUUUAAAAGGUAUGCACACUUGUAAGCUUUCAAAUUAGUAAAUUCUGGGUUUGGUAUUGGAAAUACCAUUUCCUUUCUUAUCCCUAUUCUCUCUCCUGUGGUUCUUCAUAUUUUUGCCUUCUAUUCUUCUACUGCAGAUUUUCCUCACCUAAUGUACAAAGAGAAUUGCGAUGUAUAUUUUCAUGUAAUUUGAUUUUGGAAUUCUGUCACCUUCUGUAGUGAGUUCUUCCAAAAUAUAAUUUUUUCCAAUAA